UUUACGCAGCUGUAAGUGCGAUAAAUGAAGUUCGUUUUCCACAGCUGGUGAUGGCGGAUGUUGUUGAAAAAGAAAGCAUGAAGAAUUACCAGAUAGCUUCUGAGAAAAUAAACCCAGAGGCCGGUCGCUUCCCUUACUGUGUAGUGUGGACACCCAUCCCCGUGUUGUCAUGGCUGUUUCCACUCAUUGGCCACAUGGGAAUCUGCACUUCCACCGGGGUCAUCCGGGACUUUGCAGGACCGUACUUUGUCUCCGAAGACAACAUGGCUUUUGGAAAACCAACGAAGUACUGGAUGCUUGACGUUAGCAAAGUGUACGCCAGAGGCUCGAAUGCCUGGGACACGGCGGUGCACGACGCUUCAGAGGAGUACAAGCAAAGGAUGCACAACCUCUGCUGUGAUAACUGUCACUCUCACGUGGCCAUGGCUCUGAAUCUGAUGCGAUAUGAAAACAGCACCUCGUGGAACAUGGUCAACAUCUGCCUCCUCGUGCUCAUCCACGGGAAACACAUCGGCUGUGCAGGUUUUCUGAAGACCUGGCUGCCCUUCCUCAUGCUCAUGGGCAUCAUCAUCGCUGUGGUCCUGGCCUUCAACCUGCGGUGACCUGGAGGCAGGUGGAGGACACGAGGACCCCCGCAGGUCCAAUGUGGGGUUGACCUUUUACACAUCGAGGGAGUGGGGGGGGGGGCUUCUCACGGUGUCGAGGAGAUAAAAGACUACUAACCUCCGAGAGAGGGUUGUGGAGCGGGAACACAGGCUGGCUUUGUGAGAAGCAGACGGCCUGUUAGCGGCGUUAUGCUAAGAUUGAAAAUGAUGGAAGUGAUUUUAUAUCGGUUAUUUAUGUCGUGACUGAACACCCGACACACAAACACUUGAUGGAUAUGAUACUUAAAACCCUGAGAGCAGGUUUAAGCCAUCGCCACCUGCAAAGUGUAGACGUGGUGUAGCUGAUAGAGGAAUUGGUGAAUUCUCAGAGGGAACACAUUCAUGCCUUGCUUCCAGAUUUUUUAUUAUUUUAUUUUCCUACGUAAUAUAGGGAGUGAAAUCCCAUAAUUCACUACUUCCAGAAUGCCAUUUUUAUACAAACAUGUUACAUUGAUUAGAAGCAUUUUCAAGUGAUUUUACUGUAUUUCAUGCUCCGCUAAACACGUCGCAGCAGUUUGUAUUUUUGUGCUUUUUCUUACAUCUUCUAAAACAUAAAUACUGUCUCAGAGAUUUGUUGUACGUGCAUUACAUGUAUCGCCUCAUGGUACUUCUUUAAGAAUGUUUUCAAACCUUUUUAACUACAGAUCAUCUGUGCAGCGAUUGUAGCUAAAUCAAUGGAUGUGACUUUGGUUAAAACCCAGAUGAUGGUUCAGCUUUUGUUUUUGUUAUUCUUGUGCCAAACUCAAACUGUGUCCUUGAAUAUCUAACUUUUUAUUUAGUGGAACAGCUCAUUAGCAACUCCAGAGUUAUUGAACGAAAAGCCUCUUGUACCCCUUUUCCACUGAAAGGUUCUAGCUCCGUCCGGUGCUUGUUCGAUUCUCACUGAGACCUUUUAAGCUGUAUUGGCAUAUUAAUACAGCUGUAAUAAUAAAAACAACAAACUGGUCCUGGAACCGCUUUGGUGGAAAAGGGGUAUAGAUGUGAGAGUUAUGAAUCCUGGUCAGUUCUUAUUAUUAUUAUGUUUUUUAUUCCCAAUUUUUGACCUACGAGUAAGAAGCAGAAGUCAGUGCCUAAAAAAACAAACUCUCACGGAUCCUCAAUAUCUUCUAAUAUCUAACCCUUUUCUAGUUACACUUGAAAGAAAAUAGUUCCACGUGGUGUUUGGCACCUCCAAUCCGUUGCCAUGGGUGUCGUGAGUAGAUUGAAAUCCCCUCACAGAAUAAGUGUUGAGCCCUCUCUUUGUCCGGUGCUGACAGGAGCAGCAGGUAGCCAGGAUCCUCAGGUUUUUCACACUCUCCAACCCCUGCUGCAUUUCCCCACUUUCACUCAUACGUCCUUCCUGCUGCUUUCCACCGCUGCAGAUCACAUUCGAAGGUCAUUGUGAAAUGUCAGCGCUGUUUUCACAAAGCUUUGAUAGAAACCAGCCGACAUCCUGCCAUAAUCCAAAGGCAUUUAAGUGAUUUUAUUAAUUAAAAUCUGUCUUUUCUGUAUCGUGUUAAAGGGGUCACCUGUGUUCUUGCUCUUAUGUUAAUACUCUGGCCUCUUGUGUGUAUUUCAGCCAUGUUGCCUGUAAAUAUUUGAUCACACAUUAUACUGUACACCAGGUGCUCUUUAUAUACUUAGCUAAUUUGAUUGCUCACUCUACAGAUUUAUCCUUUUCUAUAAUUUACGCUGUCAUUUUUCCGUCUAUGCACAGCAGGGAGGCAGAUGUGUGCCUGAUUGAGUGUGUGUUAUUCAUGCACACAGUGAUUGGAGAGAGCAUGUGAUUGCAUGUGUGUGUUGCAUGCAUGCAAGAGUGUGUGACACAUCACUGUGGCUUCUUGAUUAAUAAUCAGCUGCUCUUCACUGCGGCCCCUCUGCCCGCUGAUUGAUUUUUAUAUUUAUUACUCUUCGUCUUUCUCUUAAUCUGGUUUAAGUUGUAUGUCAUUGCUGGCUAACUGUAGCAAGAAUAAAUAAUACAUUAGACUUU